AGCACGGCAAAAGCAAGCAAUGCUCAAUCGAGUAACAUCUGGAAAGUGAAUAACAUCUUUACAACAAAACGCGUAGGUUGAGUGAUUUUAACAUCUUUUCACAUCACUCGUAAAAUAAGAUCAUCAAAUAGAGUCCGGGAAAAUAUUAUCAACAUCUCAAAUGGCUGACACCGAAAAGGCACCAGAACAACAACAAGCCCCAGCCAAAACCGAGGGCACCAACAAUGAUAGCGCCGCAAAUCAAGCAGCAGCGGAAGAACAAAAGCCCAAGCAAAUCAUUGCUGAAAAAGUAACGGGCACCGUCAAGUGGUUCAAUGUGAAAAGUGGUUAUGGCUUUAUCAAUCGUCAUGACACAAAAGAGGAUGUGUUUGUUCAUCAAACGGCCAUCGUGAACAAUAACCCAAAGAAAGCCGUACGAUCGGUUGGCGACGAAGAAGUCGUUGAAUUUGAUGUCGUUUUAGGCGACAAAGGUAAUGAAGCGGCCAAUGUAACUGGCCCGGGCGGUGAGCCAGUUCAAGGUAGCCCAUUUGCUCCAGACAAGAGACGUGGUCGCAUGUAUCGUCCACGUCGUCGCACUCAACGCAGCGAGGGCGGUGGUGAAACUGGUGGCGAAGGCGAAGAUUUUUCUGUAGGUGAAGGUGCAGGAGAAGGUGGCGACAAGAAGCCACGGGCACGUCGUUUCGGAGGAGGACAGCGUCGUCGCUUCGGUCCAGGUCGUGGCUUUAGGCGCGGACCUCGUAGAAGCGAAAACGGAGAAGGAGUGAAUGGUGAUGCUAAUGAAGGUGGUAACACUGAGGGAGAAGGCGAUGGUCCACAAAACGGUCGUCCAAACCGAAACCAACGUCGUCCACCACGCAAAAAUUUCCGACCACGUAAGCCACGCAACAGCGAAGGUGGUGAAGGUGGCCAAAGCGAAGGUGGUGAAGGCAAUGAGAAUGGACAAAAAGGUGGCCGACCACCACGAAGACGUUUGAAUCGCAAACCAAAAACCAGCGGAUCCAAUCAAGACGGUGGUCAAGAAGUACAAAAUACUGUCACCGAAAGUACAGCGUAAAAUUUGCAGAAAUUAAACAGAAUACAAACAAAAUAAUGUUGACGCGCUCAAGAGUACCAUCUCUAAUUAACAACAAAAACAAAAAAAAAUUAACAACAACCAAACACCCACACACAUCCAGAGUGUUGCAUAUUGUUUUCGAACAAUCGUGUUUUAAAGUCCAUCAAACCGAAACGACACUAAUUUUACAAUAAACCUUAGAUUGUUUUGCAUGGUGUUUUUUUAUAUAUGUA